UCUACUGUUUCACCCAUUGCAAAAGAAGGAACAACAAGGCUGCAUUUACCAUGAGUAAUCGUGAUGACUCAAUAGUGGCGGCAAUCAUCAAAUGUGCCAACUUCGCUGCCAUCAAGCAUGCCAAUCAAAGAAGAAAAGAUUCUGAGAAAACACCGUACAUUAAUCACCCCAUUGGAGUAGCCAAUAUUCUUACAGAUGAAGGGCAUAUCUAUGACUUGGACGUAAUUCAGGCUGCUUUGCUUCAUGAUACUGUUGAGGACACAGAUACGACGCUUGAUGAAAUCGAAAGACACUUUGGGAAGACCAUCAGAACCAUUGUAGAUGAAGUUACUGAUGACAAAAAUCUACCAAAAGCUGAAAGGAAGCGAUUGCAAGUUGUUCAUGCAAAAACCUCCAGUCACAAUGCCAAGUUGGUGAAACUUGCGGACAAGCUUUACAAUCUACGUGACCUUGAAAGAGAGACCCCAGAAGGUUGGACGCCAGAGCGGGUGAAAGAAUACUUUCUGUGGGCCCGAGACGUUGUUGGUAACUUACGUGGAACCAAUGAUAUAUUGGAACAAAAGCUCGAUGAAGUUUUAGAAAGAAAUAUUCACAAAAACACCUCGUGAUACCUUCCUACUCUUGGAACUCAACAUUUUCAGCUGUGAUAUCUGUAGAAAUCAAAACUGUGAUUUAAGUUUAAGGUGUGGUUUACUUAAAGGCCACCCUUGAAACUGUGCUGUUAUUCUCGAUCUGUGUUUAAGCUGUCAUGAAUGAAAAGUGCGAGGAAAGAAGCUGUCAUCUUUCCUUCCAUAUCAGGAUAUAUUUUUUUGAAUGGAAACUUUGCUUUUGAGAAAGUAGUUUAAGUUGAAUAGACUUUUACAUAUCAAUCAGA